AAAAAAUAGUAAAUUAAUAAAUAAAUAAAUCUAAAAAGUAUAAAUUGAUAUAUUUAUAUUCAUUUGUUAAUUUGUAUUUCUGAGAAGAGAUCGACGAAGUUCCUUCCGACAAACAAAGGUUCUACAACUUCUAGUUGGUCCAAACAUGUCUCAUCGCCAGGAGGGUGAUGCUGAAUAUUUUGCGGAUGAAUACGAAAUGGAAGACAUAGAAGAUGAUAUUGAUGGUGAAUCUAUUAAUAGAGAGGCGGGCGAUGUCGAGUCUGAUGUUGAUGAAUAUGAUUACUCGAGUAGUAAAGCGGAAGACACCACAGCUGCUCAAGCUAGAAGAGGACAAGACAUCCAGGGGAUUCCAUGGGACAGCCUUAGUAUCACCAGAGAAAGGUAUCGGCAAACUAGGCUUGAGCAAUACAAGAAUUAUGAAAAUAUUCCUCAUUCAGGGGACAAGUCAGGGAAGGAUUGUAAAAGUACAGAAAAAGAAUACUCAUUUUAUGAGUUCAGGAGAAAUUCAAGAUCAGUGAAAUCAACAAUUCUUCAUUUUCAGUUGAGGAAUUUGGUUUGGGCUACAUCAAAGCAUGAUGUAUACCUUAUGUCGCAGUUCUCAGUAACACAUUGGUCUUCUUUGACUUGCACAAGGUCUGAAGUACUCAAUGUUUCAGGACACGUUGCACCAUCAGAGAAACAUCCUGGAAGUCUAUUGGAAGGAUUCACACACACUCAAGUUAGUACACUUGCAGUAAAAGAUAAUCUUCUAGUUGCUGGAGGAUUUCAGGGUGAACUCAUUUGUAAGCACCUAGAUCGGCCUGGUGUUAGCUUUUGCUCAAGGACUACUUAUGAUGAUAAUGCUAUCACCAAUGCCAUUGAGAUUUAUGCAUCUCCUAGCGGCGCAGUUCAUUUCACAGCAUCAAAUAAUGAUUGUGGAAUCAGAGACUUUGAUAUGGAGAAAUUUCAACUUACUAAACAUUUUCGUUUUCCCUGGCCAGUGAAUCAUACCUCUCUCAGUCCAGAUGGUAAGCUACUUCUGAUUGUUGGAGACAAUCCUGAAAGUAUGCUGGUGGAUUCUCAAAAUGGAAAGAAUAUUGCUCCAUUAUCCGGGCAUUUAGAUUUUUCAUUUGCAUCAUCAUGGAAUCCUGAUGGGGUGACAUUUGCUACCGGGAACCAGGACAAAACCUGCCGAAUUUGGGACAUGCGGAAUUUAUCCGAGUCAGUGGCAGUGCUGAAGGGAAAUCUUGGAGCCAUCCGUUCAAUCCGGUAUACUUCCGAUGGACGGUAUAUGGCUAUAGCAGAGCCUGCAGAUUUUGUGCAUGUAUAUGACGUUAAAAGUGGUUACGAAAAGGAACAGGAAAUAGAUUUCUUUGGUGAGAUAUCCGGAAUAUCUUUUAGUCCAGACACCGAAUCCCUUUUCAUUGGGGUUUGGGAUCGUACUUAUGGAAGCCUUCUUGAAUAUGGCCGGCGCAGGAAUUACUCAUACCUCGAUUCUAUGAUUUAGCCGAAUAUUAAAAAGGAUAAGUGACAUGACAGUUCAGUGCACUUGAACAGCCUGCUUUACAUAUCCUUUUGAGGUAGGUUGUUAAUGUAUAAAUUGAGUGUCCUGCAAAUGUCCUGAAUUUGUAGUUGUUGUAGGGUGUGUUUAUACCUGUGUGUGAUAAACGAGGGUAUGUAUAGGAGGGCUAGAAGGUUCUGGUGAAAAUGAGAUGGAAAGUGUGACUAAUCUUCAGAUGCUGAUUAUCAUCAGUAUGUAAUGUAGUAAAUUUCUGUAUGUGGAAACUCAAUAUGGCAAAACAUAUAAAUCAUGAUAUUUCAUGGUCUUAUUAUAAGCUCA